GUAUUUAUAACCGGAUGAUAAUCCCGAAAUAGAGUUACACUGAACUUCUUAAGCUUAAUGGUGACAAAAGAUAGACCAAAAGUUGUUCCUUGAAUAAUCUGGCAUCGCAAUUGAAUCACUGGAAUAAUCAUGUGCAAUCAUGGGCAAUCUUUUUAAACACGCAUGCUAAAAACAUCUUCAUUGGUUCAUUUUGCAGCGAUUUUUUUGUAUUUCUUUUAACCAUUUGUAAACAUUGCAUUCUUGAUACAAGUUUAGGUUCAUCGACGCUAUUAACACUUUCAAUAAUAUGGAUUAAUUAUUUAUUUUGGUGUGUUUAAUUUAACUUGAAUCUUCUGUAUAUCGAUUACCAUACAACUUAUACCAAGUGAAAUUAUCCAUAGGCAUCAAUAUCUAUCCUUUCAAGUCAACCUUCCUACAAAGUUGAUAAUUGAACACCAUAAUUGAAUUCAACAACCAUUGAGACAAAUUGUCGUGAAAUGAUUAAAAGUCACCAUUUUCAUCGUUGAUCAUCUCAACCUCAAGUGAAAACCAGAAAUUGGUUUAUCCAUUUGGAUUAAUUGAAACAUUUAAUUUAACAUUUUGAUAUUUCAAGUACAAUUUACAUUGCCAGUUAGAUGAUAAACAUCAAUAAAAGCACCAAACUCGCCAAGAAAGUUAUCAACUUCAAGCCAAUGGAUGUUUUUCACCACUUGUUUUGAGCAUCAAUCGUGUCAAAAUUGAAUUAACUUUGUAUUUUAUUAUUUUCAUCAACCAUUUUUCAUGACAACAUGAUAUACGUAAGUGAAGCCGAUCCAGAUGAAGAAGGUUAUGAUUUAGCUUUUGAACCAAGAAAUGUAUUCGUUAAACGGAAAGACCCAAAAAGCGAUUAUAAACUUGGUGAGGAAUUGGGAAGGGGAAAAUUCGGUAUUGUUUAUAAGUGUGUUGAGAAGAAAUCGGGAAGACAAUUUGCUGCUAAAUUUAUCAAUACCGAUCGUAAAGAUGAUCGACUUGCUGUUGAAAGAGAAGUUGAUUUAAUGAGACAAUUACAGCACCCAAGGAUCUUGCAAUUGUACGAUGCCUUUGAUGAUGGUACCUCUGAGAUGUGCUUAAUCCUUGAACUUAUCGAAGGAGGUGAACUUUUUGAACGAGUUAUCUGCGAUGAUUUUGUUCUCACUGAAAAAGCCUGUUCCAUUUUCAUGCGGCAAAUCUGUGAGGGCUUGGAAUAUAUUCAUUCAAAAAACAUCCUCCAUUUGGACAUGAAGCCAGAAAACAUACUCUGUGUAAGUAGAACCGGGAACAGGAUUAAAUUGAUUGACUUUGGCUUGGCUCGAAAAUAUAAUCCAAAAGAGAAACUUCAAAUCUUAUUUGGAACGCCUGAAUUUGUGGCACCCGAAGUCGUUAAUUAUGAAGAAGUUGGAUUUGGAACUGAUUUAUGGGCUGUUGGAGUAAUUUGUUACAUUCUUUUAUCAGGACUUUCUCCUUUCAUGGGGGACAGUGAUCUUGAAACUAUGGCCAACGUAACAAGCACCAAAUAUGAUUUCGAUGACGAAGCAUUUGAUGCUAUUUCAGAGGAGGCCAAAGAUUUUAUUAGUAAACUUCUUUUACCUGAUAUGAGGAAACGUAUGACAACCACUGAUUGUUUGACCCAUCCUUGGAUAAAGUCUACCAAACGUCGUUCAAUGGCUGUUCUCGAUAAAUCAAAGCUCAAAAAAUUUGUCAUUCGCAGGAGAUGGCAGUCUUGGCCACUCACAUUUCUAUGAACAAAUCUUCUCGAUUAAUAUUAAAUUGUUUUGAAAAUGGAGCUAUUUUUUAAACAAAACUGUAAAAUACAUUUGCAAGGAGAAGAUGAAGUUUACGAGAAAAUUCAAAUUAAACCAGACAGCAUCCAAAUCGCUUUUUGUAUCUUCUUUUUUUGGGAAACAAAACAUCCCGUGAUCAAAAAGAAGAUGAUGAAAUGAGAUAAACAGCCCAUGAUCAUGACAAUUGAAAUCAACACAGAUUUUUACAUUACGAUGCAAUUGAAGAGAAACGCAAUCCAAAGAAUCAUAUAUAAUUGUUACUUUCACAUAUGUAUAAUUUUAUUUUUGUUUUCUGUUAAAUUUUGUUGUAUUAUUUAAAUAUAUUGUUAUCAUUAUUAUCACCAUGAUAAUGAUUUAAAUUCAAUUUUCAUUGUCAUUUGCUCGUUUGUUUGUAUGCAUGUUGAUUGUUGAAAACUUGAACAAGCAAACAUUAUCCGUACAUUUAUUGUUGUGUGUUAAUUAUUAAUCCGAUUGAUUGUAUUAACAGAAAUUUUAUGUUCAAUUUUAAAGGUUAAAUUGUAAAUUAUAAAAUUACAUUUAAAUUAUAAAUAACCAUAUUUUAACUGUAGUCAGACUCAGGCAAAAUGACGAUCUUAAUUCCUAUCCUUUGUAUUGUAUACCAACAACAACAGUGAAAAUACAAAUAAUACCAACUGAUCCGAAUAAAGAUUUAGUUAUUGGCUUUAAUCCAAA